AUGUUAAACACCGUACCGUUUUUCUUUUUCCUUCUUCUGUUUCUCGUCGGAAACUACCGCAUUAGCGUCGCCGAAAAGGCAGGGUUCGUCGGGAGAAACGGCACGCAGUUCGUGUUGAAUGGAGAACGAGUUUACCUAAACGGCUUCAACGCUUAUUGGAUGAUGACCACUGCUGCUGAUACUGCGUCUAAAGGAAGAGCCACAGUCACGACGGCGCUCCGGCAAGCCUCCGCCGUUGGAAUGAACGUUGCCAGGAUUUGGGGUUUCAACGAAGGAGAUUACCUUCCUCUUCAGAUCUCUCCUGGCUCCUAUAGUGAAGACGUUUUCAAGGGACUAGACUUUGUAGUCUAUGAAGCUGGAAGAUAUAAGAUUAAGUUGAUAAUUAGUUUAGUCAAUAAUUUCGAAGAUUUUGGAGGGAGAAAGAAAUAUGUGGAAUGGGCCGGUUUAGAUGAACCGGAUGAGUUCUACACAAACUCGGUUGUCAAGCAGUUUUACAAGAACCACGUGAAGACCGUGCUGACAAGGAAAAACACAAUCACUGGUCGUGUUUACAAAGAAGACCCAACCAUCUUUUCGUGGGAGCUCAUCAAUGAACCUCGCUGUAACGAUUCUACUAUCCUACAGACUUGGGUAAAGGAAAUGGCAAGUUAUGUGAAGUCCAUAGACUCAAACCAUCUACUCGAAAUAGGACUUGAAGGGUUCUAUGGAGAAUCUAAACCAGAAAGAACGGUUUACAAUCCCGGCGGCGCGGUCUUAACCGGUACAGAUUUCAUCUCCGAUAACCAAAUUCCUGAAAUUGAUUUCGCCACUAUCCAUAUCUAUCCCGAUUCUUGGUUCCCAUUACAGAGCUCAAGAACAGGAGAACAAAAUGAAUUCGUGGACAACUGGAUAGGAGCACACAUUCAAGACUGUGACAACAUUAUCAAGAAGCCUCUAUUGAUAACAGAGUUUGGAAAAUCUUCGAAGUUUCCUGGUUUCAGCUUAGAGGAACGCAACAAGUUUUUCAAGAGAGUAUACGAUGUGAUCUACGACAGUGCAAGAACAGGUGGCUCGUGUACUGGUGGAGUUUUCUGGCAGCUUACGACCAAUAGAACUGGUCUGUUAGGUGACGGGUACGAGGUUUUCAUGCAACAAGGUCCUAAUACUACUGCUAGGCUUAUCGCAGAGCAAUCUAUUAAAUUGAAAAACCUCAAGUGUCCACCAUUAGUCACACAUAGUGCAGUAUGAAAAAAGUAUAGAUACAAAAACAGUAGACAGAUAAUAUGUAAAGAUAGGAAACAUGUAAAAAAUAAACAUGACCAAAAGAUAAAAGGUAUAAACUAGUAGUAGAUAUAUACUUUUGGUUGGGUUUAUAAAGUCUUUUGAUUCUUUCAUUGGAAACAAUAAUACA